AAGUUUGCUUAAGCCUCAAGUACGGUAUAUAAAUCCCCGCCAUAGCUAGCUAGCUAGGGUUUUACUUAACAAUUGAAAUGGAGACUUCUGUGAGAUACGGUGGAGACUCGAGCGCUCUCAGGAUCUCCAACAAUCCUCCUCCGCCUACGCUUAAGUACGCCGGCGACGUCAGCUCCGUCAAACUCUAUGCUAAGCAGAAGAUCCAAUUCGAUUCCGACACUCUCCUUCAGCUUAAUGGAGAGCUCGAUACACGGACUGGAGCUCCAACCUUUUUAUGUGCACUCAUUAGACACUUCUAUCCCAAUCUGUCAGCUAGUGUUGGAGCUGGAUUGCAUUAUGAUAGAAAUGACAAACUCGUUUGUACCUUGCGUGGGAAAAAGGCAUAUCCCAUGGCAUCUAGUCGGUUUGUAAACGUCGUUCUUAAAGGCCGUUGCGAUAUUGACAAAGAGUUAAAUCAGCCAACACCACAUGGAGCUCUCGAGUUGGUAUGGAACAUUCUAGAUUUCCAAAAAGACCAAGACGUAAGGCUUAAAGUUGGCUAUGAAAUCGUUGACAAGGUGCCAUAUGUACAAAUCAGGGAAAACAAUUGGACGUUCAAUGCUGAUGGUAACGGAAGAUGGAAUGUAAGAUAUCACCUGUGAGAUCAUGAACUUAUUUUGUUUCUACUGGUUGGACUUUAUUGCGAAAAGAAAAAAAGUAAAAGUCGCAAUGUGUAGGUUUCUAGAAGCAACAACAUGAAAUGCAUAAUUCAGGUUUUUUCGUAUGUGCUAUAUAUUCACACAGUUAUCAUGCUUUGAUCAUUUGUUGGAGUUAACUAGGUUUUUUU